AUGGAACCUGAAGCUAAACUUCUCACUGUUAACCAAGUUGAUCCAUUCAUAUUUGCCGAAAUCCCAAACAGAGAUGAUAGCCCAGAGUUGUAUACACUUGUGAAGGAUUUUAUGAUUCACGGACCGUGUGGUAAUGCUAAUAUGAACUGCCUAUGUAUGGUUGAUAAACAGUGUUCAAAAGGUUUUCCUAAAAGAUUUCAAGAUACUACCACAAUUGACGCCAAUGGUUUCCCAUUAUACAGAAGGAGAGAUCAUGGAGCAACAGUUGUGAAGAACCGGAUCGAGUUAGAUAAUAGAAGGCCUGAUAGAGCAAAAGUUGUUGUUUUGCAUAGCGAUAAUCAGAAUGAACAACCUGAAAAAGAUGAGAUUAAAGAGUAUUAUGACUGUAGAGAUGCGUGUUUUGCACUUGGUCUUUUAGAUGAUGACAAAGAGUACAUCGAAGCAAUCAAAGAAGCAAACGAAACCGCAACAGCUUCUUAUGUCCGAAAUUUAUUUGGCAUGAUGCUAUUGUCCAACACUAUGUCAAGACCAGAGAUCGUAUGGGAAAGCAUGUGGAAAUACGUGACAGAUGAUAUCAUCUACAGAUACAGUAAAUUACAUCGUGUUGAAGGUUUAUCAAUUCCAGACGACGAACUGAAAAAUUACGCUUUGUUGGAAAUUGAAAAGUUUUUAGGUAUGAAUAGCUCAUCGCUACGGAACUUCUCAACAAUGCCUUUUCUAGAUUCUUCUUCGUUAUCUGAUCUCGACAAUCGUCUGAUUAACGAGGAGCGCGGCAAGACUGCACACUCCAGAUUUCGUAUUCCUUUGAAUCUUAAUGAGGAUUCGGUAUGUCAUAUAAAAGCAGAUAGUGAUGUCGCUAAAUUGUUGCAUCAGACCAAACUUAUUAUAUGGGAUGAAGCACCUAUGGUCCAUAAACAUGCGUUUGAAGCAUUGGACCGAACAAUGAAUGACAUUUUCAAUUUCGACACCUCAAGAAAUUCUGAAAUCUCAUUUGGUGGUAAGGUUAUUGUUUUUGGUGGAGAUUUUAGACAAUUCCUUCCUGUUGUUCGAAAUGAUGGAAGACAAGAGACAGUGAACGCAUCAUUAAGUUCGUUGUAUUUGUGGAGUAAAUGUAAGUUGCUAACGUUGUCAAGGAAUAUGAGGUUAACCGUUGGAAGAUCUCCAUCCGAGAUUGAGGAAAUAAAUAGUUUAGCUAAGUGGCUUUUGGAUAUAGGAGAGGGAAAUGUUGGUGGUCCUAAUGAUGGAGAAGCGACAAUUGAAGUGCCAUCUAAUCUUCUAAUUAAUGAUACUUCCGAUCCCAUUUCGAGCCUGAUCGAAUUUGUUUAUCCUUCGAUUCUCGAGAACUUCGGCAGUCCUAAUUAUUUUAGUGAUAGGGCUAUACUUGCGCCUAAGAAUGAGGUUGUUAACGAGAUUAAUGAUAGGUUGCUAGCGUUGUUUCUCGGUGAAGAAAGAGAGUAUCUAAGCUCCGACCGUCUUUGUGCAAGUGAAAAUGUUAGUUCAAUACAAGAAAGAUUAUACACACCGGAUGUUCUCAAUGGUCUUAAAGUUUCAGGCUUACCAAACCACAGAGUUUUGGAAUAA